GGACUUUGCUCUCUCCGAAAAAGACCCUCUCCAGCUGCGCAGAGAGCAAGAGAGAGGCGGAAAGGAGGAAGAAGCUGCUCACAAUCUAAGACUGGAGUGAAACUGUCAGUCACAAAACUGGGUGGGAAGGUAUGGAGCCCAUCAAGCGCACAGAGCUGGUGGACGUUGACGGCAUCCCUUGCCUCAAAGACACGGCAGAUAACUGGCAGCGCCUUUGGGCCUUCAAAGCUCGGCCCGAUGACCUUCUCAUUUGCACUUACCCCAAAGCAGGGACUUCCUGGAUACAGGAAAUUGUGAGCAUGAUCCAGCAUAGAGGAGACCCUCAGAAAUGUGACCAGGCCCCCAUCCAUCAACGGAUUCCCUUCAUAGACCUGUUCCCUCCAAAACGUUUCCCUCAUGGCUUGGACGAGGCAGAGGUAAUGCCCUCUCCACGAACGCUCAAAUCUCACCUCCCAGUCCCUCUGUUGCCACCUUCCUUCUGGGAACAGAACUGCAAGAUCAUCUACUUUGCCAGGAAUGCCAAGGACAGCGCAGUCUCCUACUUCCAUUUCCACCGCAUGAACAAGGAGUUGCCAGAACCAGGAAACUGGGAUGAGUUUCUGGAGAACUUCCUCAUGGGAAAGAUUGCCUGGGGCUCAUGGUUUGAUCAUGUCCGUGGAUGGUGGGAGGCCAAAGAACGUUACCAAAUCCUGUACCUCUUUUAUGAAGACAUGAAAGAGCAGCAAGAAAAAGACAGGAAGUAUAACUCAGGUUCCCAAAUGGACCCAGCCCGGGAAAUCCGGAAAGUAGCCCAAUUUCUGGGCCUACAACUCCCUGAUCAAGUGGUGAACCAGAUUGUGCAGCAUACAAUGUUUGAGAACAUGAAAGUAAACCCAAUGACUAACUACAGCUCCAUUCCGUCUUUUAUCUUUGACCAAACUGUGUCAACCUUCAUGCGAAAAGGCACCGUAGGAGACUGGAAAGAGCACUUCACAGCGGCACAAAGUGAGUGGUUUGAUGAUGCCUGUCUACGGUUGUUAGGGGACAGCAGCCUAGUCUUCCGCACAGAGUUGUAAGAACAUCCUUCUGCUACCCAUUGAUAUUUUCUCCAUAACAUUCCUGGAGUGGACAUUUUGGCUGAUUUCAAUAAAAUAAGCAAUGAAACCAAA